CCCAGAGCCAUGGCCUCUGAGGUGGUGUGCGGGCUGGUCUUCAGGUUACUGCUGCCACUGUGUCUUGCAGCUGCUUGCCUGUUCAGGUACAAUGCCCUGUCCUUCGUCUACCUCAUCUAUCUCCUGCUCAUUCCGCUCUUCGCAGAGCCCACAAGCACAACAAUGCAGGGCCACACAGGGCGUCUGCUGCAGUCCCUUUGCUUCACCAGUAUGUCCUUCCUGCUGCUCCACAUCAUCUAUCAGAUUACCGUCAACAGCCUCCUGGCCGGGAACUCCAUCACCUCUGACUUCAACUGUUCCACGUGGGAGAAAUCCAUAAGACAGAUUGGAUUUGAGAGUGUGAUUGGUGCAGAUGCAGGGAACGGCAUCCGAGUGUUCAUCCCUGACAUCGGCAUGUUCGUGGCUGGCUUGGCCAUCUGGCUCCUGUGUCGCAGUCUGGUUCAGAAGAGGCCACCUGAGGACAUGGCCCAGUACAACACGGACUUUGAAGCAGAGGAACAAGAAGAGGAGGAGAAGCUGACCCUGGAUGACGACAUCCUGCUAGACGAGGACUCCGAAGCGGGGUACGAAGCAGAGGAAGACGAGGAGGACGAGGAGGAGCUGGAGGCUGAGGACGAGCAGGAGGAGGAGGAGGAGGGUGAGGGUGAGGAGGAGGAAGUGAAGGAAAGCACCAAGAUGAAGAUUCUGCGGCACGUGGCGGAGGUGGCGACCAAAGUGAAGGAGAUCAUCGGGAACUUGAUCACCACAGCGGGGAAGGUGGUGGUGACCAUUUUGUUGGGGAUGACAGGCAUCAUGCUGCCCUCUUUGACCUCGUUUAUCUACUUCUUCAUCUUCCUGUUCUUGUGUACGUGGUGGUCCCUCUGCCGGACCUUCGACACGCUCAUCUUCAGCUGCAUGUGUGUCCUGAUGGCCAUCUUUAGCGCCGGACAUCUCAUUGUACUCUACCUCUACCAGUUCCAGUUCUUCCAGGAGUCCAUCCCACCAGGCGACAACUACACCAGUGUAUUUGGCAUCUCCCCCAUUGUUCAGAGUAACUGCUCCUACACAUGGAAACUCAUCGUGCACCCGGAGCGAAAGUGGUACCACUUUGUCAAUCCCAUCAUGCUGCUGAUUCUUUACUACACCCUGGCCACGCUCAUCCGCCUCUGGCUGCAGGAACCCAUCGACCAGCUGACGGAUAACAAGGAUGACGACGUGUGCGAAGAGGAGGAACAGGUCGGAAACGGAACAAAUAACUCAGCCACCAGGAAGAGGCAGCUGUGGUGGGGAUCACGCCGGUGCACGGAUGAAAAAAAUCUUCUCUCCACCCAGGAUGGCAUCAGUACUGAGGCUGGGCCCAUCUCUAAUGGGACGUCCUUUGACUUCGUCACUGAGAAUGGACCAGGCUGUCUGGACUUAUACUCCACCCCCCAGUAUAAAAUGGAUCAGCCCAAAGAUGAUACAGAGAAGGAGGAGUGUGUGUACGAGGUGUGCUUGCCGCCAGAGGACGCAACGUCAGAGGGAGGAGAGGAGAAGUCUGAGGGAGAAGACGACGGGUUGAAGACAAGAGGAGUCGGUGCGAUGGUGAAGGUCUUCAACUUCAUCAUGAAACAGAGCUACAUCUGUGCUCUCAUAGCCAUGAUGGCCUGGAGCAUCACGUACGUUAGCUGGCUGACGUUCGUCUUCCUCAUGUGGUCGUGCAUGCUGUGGAUGGUGAGGGACCGGAGGCGCUACGCCAUGCUGUCGUCCCCCUUCAUGGUGGCGUACGGCAACCUGUUGAUAGUCCUGCAGUACAUUUACAGUUUUGAAAACAUCAAUGGAGUCUCAGGAUUUUUUCUCAAGAAGGACAACCCGUUCCACUCGCUCUCGUCCAAGGCCUUGUGUCUGCUGAGCUUCUGGCUACUGCUGAGACAGACGCUCACGGAGAGAUGGGAGAAACAAAAGGAAGCAAGCGCUGUUCUCUCAGACGUUCACGUGGAGGAUCAGAAGAAGAAGGAGGAGGAGGCGUCUGAGGAGGGAGACGAGCAGGACAUCAUGCAGGUUCUCGGCGGCAUGGUGAUGGCGCUGCUGGUCAAAUACUGGAUCUACAUCUGCGGCGGCAUGUUCUUCUUCGUCAGCUUCGAGGGAACCAUCGUCAUGUACAAGAUCAUCUAUAUGGUGAUGUUCCUUUCCUGUGUGGCGGUCUACCAGGUGCACUAUGAGUGGUGGCGAAGAAUGCUAAAGUACUUCUGGAUGUCUGUGGUGGUGUACACCAUGCUGGUCCUCACUCUGGUCUACACCUUCCAGUUUGAGAAGUCGUUGCCCUUCUGGCGCAACAUGCUGGGCAUGGACACAAAGGGUUUGAUGGACCUGGGCCUGGAGCAGUUUACGGUCGCCAGGCUGUUCACCAGGAUUUUCAUUCCCACUUCCUUCCUGCUCGUGUGUAUUCUCCAUCUGCACUACUUCCACGACCACUUUCUCACGCUCACUGACCUCCAGGCCGUCGUGGCCAAAGAACAGAGCACUAUCUACAGACUGGUGCACCCGGAUGGCAGCCUGGCAGACCUCACCAUGCUCAGCGCCAGCUCAGUGGACGCGAGGCUGCCCAAAGCGGAGGACGAGAGGUCGGAGAAGCAGGAGGAGCAGGGGGAGUGGGGGACGGAGAAAGAGAAAGAGCAAGUUCUAGUGGUGGUGAUGGAUAACACCGACAUGACUGGCGUGAAGCCCAGGCACUUCUCCGACGCCCGACAGUCCAGCACAGAUGAGAGCCACCGCUGCAGCGUGGGGACGGAGCCAGAGCCGAGCACCGAACAGAGCUCAGAUCUGAAGAAUAAAUGGCACCUGGUGGUGGACCGUCUGACUGUGCUGCUCCUCAAGUUCUUGGAGUAUUUCCACAAACUGCAGCUGUUCAUCUGGUGGUUGCUGGAGAUCCACAUCAUAAAGAUUGUUUCCUGCUACAUCGUCCUGGUUUCUGUCAAAGAGGUGUCUUUGUUCAACUAUGUGUUCCUGGCAUCCUGGGCCUUCGCACUGCCCUAUAGCCAGUAUCGGCCCCUUGCCUCCAGUGUUUGCACUGUCUGGACGUGUGUCAUCAUCGUGUGUAAAAUGUUGUACCAGCUGAAUACUAUAAACCCCCCGUCCUACUCCAAGAACUGCUCUAUGCCAGAGGGCUACACACAGGACCAGAGGAAGGAGAUGGCGGACUCUCUGCUGUAUAAAGCACCUGUGGAUCCAGCCAACUGGGUGGGCCUGAGGAAGUCUGACGACCUGCUGGGAUACCUCAGAAACAACCUCUUGAUGUUGGCUCUGUUAGCGUUUGAGGUGACCAUCUACCGCCAUCAGGAAUAUUACAGACUGAGGAACAAACUGUCGCCUCCCGCUGCCAGGAUUAUCUUCCAUGAUAUCACACGGCAGCACCUGGACAUUGGCAUCAUCAGCUUCAUCAAAUACUUCAUCAACUACUUCUUUUACAAGUUUGGACUCGAGACGUGCCUGCUGUUGGUGGUCAAUGUAAUCGGGCAGCGUAUGGACUUCUACGCAAUGCUUCACGCUUUUGCUUUGAUAGCGGUCAUGUACAGACGAAGGAGGAAAGCCAUCGCUGAGAUCUGGCCAAAGUACUGCUUCUUCCUGGCCUGCAUGCUGACCUUUCAGUACUUCAUCUGCAUCGGGAUCCCACCUGCAGCUUGUAAAGACUAUCCCUGGAGGUUUCCAAACUCUACAACAGACUCCAAUGUGAUCAAGUGGCUUUAUAUCCCAGAUUUCCACACCAAGCCCAGUCCGUCAUUCCUCAUCUAUGACUUCAUGUUGCUGCUGUGCGCCUCUCUCCAGAGGCAGGUCUUUGAAGAUGAGAACAAGGCGGCAGUCCGCAUCAUGGCUGGAGACAACGUGGAGAUCUGCAGAGACCUAGACGCAGCCUCCUUCAGUGUCCACAACCCCGUCCCUGACUUCCUCCACUGCAGGUCCUACCUGGACAUGCUGAAGGUGAUCAUGUUCAGCUACCUCUUCUGGUUUGUCCUCACUAUCAUCUUCAUCACGGGAACCACACGAAUCAGCGUCUUCUGCAUGGGUUACCUGGUGGCUUGCUUCUACUUUCUCCUCUUUGGCGGGGAGCUGUUGCUCAAACCGAUCAAAAAGAUCCUCCACUACUGGGACUUCCUGAUCGCCUACAACAUCUUUGUAAUCACCAUGAAGAACAUUUUGUCUAUCAUGGCUUGUGGCUACAUCAACUCUCUGAUUCAGAAACAGUGCUGGUUAAUCCAGUUGUUGAGUCUGGCCUGCACCAUCAAGGAAUACAAAAUCAAAACCAACCAGGAUAACUUUGGCUGCGAUCUGCCCAGCGACGAGGCGGGGAUCAUCUGGGACAGUAUCUGCUUCGUCUUCCUGCUGCUGCAGAGACGAGUCUUCAUGAGCUACUACUUCCUCCAUGUGGUUGCAGAUAUCAGAGCAUCGCAGAUCCUUGCAUCCAGAGGGGCCGAGCUUUUCCAGGCCACUAUAGUGAAGGCUGUGAGGGCCAGACUGGAGGAGGAGCACAAGUCUGUGGAGCAGCUGAAGAGACAGAUGGAUCGCAUUAAGGUGAGGCAGCAAAAGUUUAAGAGGGGCAAGGAGAAGAUGAUAAGCUUGGUGCAGGAAUCUGUAGAAGGACAGCCCCCCGUCCAGCCAGUCAAGGAGGAAGAGGAUGAAGGAGCACAACGAACGAAAGCCAAGACCAAAAAAAAGCAGUGGUGGAGGCCGUGGGUUGACCAUGCUUCCAUGGUUAGAAGUGGAGAAUAUUACUUGUUUGAAACUGACAGUGAGGAAGAAGAAGAGGAGGAGGAGAAAAAAGACGAGGAUCAACCAAAGAAGUCGGCAUUUCAGUUUCUUUACCACGCCUGGAUCACAGACCCCAAAGCUGCCCUGAGGGCACGAGGCAAAGAGAAGCGCAAAUUUUGGAAGAAAUAUACCAGAGGAGUUAGACAGAGGAAAAGCAAAAAAGAGGCAGGUCAUGUAACCAUAGAGGUGGGUGAGCUGUCAGAUGGCCAAGAAAAAGGAGAAGAGAACAAGAAGUCUAGUGGUCAAGAUAAUAUCAUCAAGAGGGUGUUCAACAUCAUAAAGUUCACCUGGGUGCUCUUCCAGACGACUGUGGAGAGCUUCACCAAGUGGAUGAAUGACAUGUGCAGGGAAUACAUAGACAUCUCCACUGUGCUGCGUAUAGAGCGCUGCAUGCUGACCAGGGAGGUCAAAAAGGGCAACGUGCCAUCCAGAGAGAGCAUCCACGUCUACUACCAGAAGGCCAUGAGGCUCAACAUGUCCAGGCAGGCCAGUAUGGAUCAGCUCAGCGAGGAUGAGUCUGCCUCGGGGUCCGCCAGGGUCCAUAGAAGGCGAGGAGGCUACCGCAUGGAGAGCCAGGACUCCACAGCGUCCAGAGACAGCAUGUCUAGUGCCUAUACUGAGGCCACCACGCUGUUUUCUCGCCAAUCCACCCUGGAAGACCUCGACAGUAUGUCUGAGAAAAUACCCAAAACCAGUGAGCGAGCCAGGCCCACACUGCGUAAGAUUUAUGGGCUGGAUACGUCCAAGUCAUCCAUGGAGAGCGGCAGCAGCUUCAUGUCAAGUGAAGCCACCCAGUGCAUCACGCUCUACUCCAGACAGGGCACUACAGACACCAUAGAAGAAGUAGAGGAUGAGCAGGAUCAAGGGGAGGACAGGCAGCCAGUCCCUUGGGAAUCUCAACAGCUGGAGGACAGUCAGGAGGUGGAGGGGGGUCCCUGGAGUGACGGAGAACCAAGGGAGACAGAAGAGGGGGAGGAGAAGGAGGAGGAGGAGGAGUUUGAGAGGCAGGAGUUGCAGGUGAGGCUGGAGAGGCUGGCGAGGCUGGAAGGUGAGGAGGGACUAGAGGUACCACAGGAUGAGGAGAGAGAGGAGAAAGAAGAGGCUCACUGGGAGUCUUUUGGCCCAGAUGAGGGUCCAUCACUCAGGCUGGAGGAGGCAGAUUCUGCCCAGGAGAAGGACUUUGUCAGUGAGAGUGAGGACGGAGGAGGACAGCAGGACUUCAUGCAGACCGAAGGGCGAGCAGGGCUGCUGUACACGCCUGAUACAGACGCAUCCAAAACAUCUGACGCUGAAGUGCCUCCCAGCUACAGCAAGGCUGUCAGCUUUGACCGCCUGGAAGUUAGCGAUGACGAGAGCGACAGGGACAGGAAGAGGCGUAUGAUCAUGACCUCUGACAGCCGCUCGGACAGCAGAUCCGACAUCAUGUUACCAUCUAUGACCACUGAGCUGACGGCCAGUGAACUCCUGCUCAACAAGAUGUUUUUUGACGAGGAGCUGGAUCGGUCAGAAAAAUUCUACGAAAGCCAGCCUCUGAUCCUCCAACUCUGCUACGCCCUCUACAACAUGCUGGUGGCCCACUCGGAGAUGGUGUGCUACCUCGUCAUCAUCAUCAACCAGAUGGUGUCGGCCUCCUGUGCCACGCUGGUUCUUCCCAUCACCAUCUUCCUCUGGGCGAUGCUGUCUGUGCCGCGGCCAAGCAAGCGCUACUGGAUGACCGCCAUCGUCUAUACUGAGGUCACAAUCGUUAUCAAGUACUUCUUCCAGUUUGGUUUCUUCCCCUUCAACCAGAACAAGCUGGAUAAGAAUAAACCGUAUCACCCUCCAAACAUCAUCGGCGUAGAGAAGAAGGAUGGUUACGUCCACUACGACCUGGUCCAGUUACUGGCUCUCUUCUUCCACAGAUCCAUUUUGAAGUGCCACGGCCUGUGGGACGAGGACGACCCCAAAGAAAAGAAAGAGCCGCCUCCUCAAAGUGAGUCCGAGGACGAAGGAAAAGACAAGGAGGAGAGUGAGGAGUCUGAACCCGCCUCAUCACUGAUCAAUGAGAGGAGAGGCUCCACUCAUACUUUGAAAUCUAUAAAGUUUGGGACCUCUGUAGAUUCGGGGCACGUCCAGGUGCAUUUCCCGCAACAGCAAACCUACCAGCGUCGCAAGAGCUCCAGCGGAGGCUCACACAUUUCUCACCGAUCUCUGCACUCCUCUGCACGAUCGAAGAGAGGAAGUACCACUUCCCGCGGCAGCAGCCGCAAAGACGGCAGCGAGGCCGGCGUCCACCAGAAGACGCGCAAAGAGAUGAUCGUGGAGAAGCUGAGAGAGCAGCUCUUCAAAGGAAAAGCUUUCAUCAUAAAGCGGUUCAUGGAGAUAUACAUUCCCAUGCGGCAGUUCUUCUAUAACUUGAUCCAUCCAGAGUACAGUGCAGUGACAGAUGUGUAUGUGCUGAUGUUCCUCGCUGACACCGUCGACUUCAUCAUCAUCGUGUUUGGAUUCUGGGCGUUUGGUAAACACUCUGCAGCAGACAUCACUUCCUCUCUGUCGGAGGAUCAGGUGCCGGGACCCUUCCUAGUCAUGGUCCUGAUCCAGUUUGGGACCAUGGUGGUGGACAGGGCCCUCUACCUCAGGAAGACUGUUAUGGGCAAAGUCAUCUUUCAGGUCAUCCUGGUUUUCGGCAUCCACUUCUGGAUGUUCUUUAUCCUGCCAGGAGUCACAGAGAAGCGUUUCAGCGAGAACACAGUCGCUCAGAUGUGGUAUUUUGUCAAGUGCAUCUAUUUUGGCUUGUCGGCCUAUCAGAUCCGCUGUGGUUAUCCCACCCGCGUGCUGGGAAACUUCCUCACCAAGAGCUACAAUUAUGUCAACCUCUUCCUGUUUCAAGGUUUCCGCCUGGUGCCGUUCCUGACGGAGCUGCGAGCUGUGAUGGACUGGGUUUGGACCGACACCUCGCUGUCUCUGUCCAGCUGGAUCUGUGUGGAGGACAUCUACGCUCACAUCUUCAUCCUCAAAUGCUGGAGAGAAUCUGAGAAGAGGUAUCCCCAGCCGCGAGGCCAGAAGAAGAAGAAAGUAGUAAAGUAUGGGAUGGGAGGGAUGAUUGUGGCGCUGCUGAUCUGUAUCGUCUGGUUCCCGCUGCUCUUCAUGUCCCUCGUAAAGUCUGUAGCUGGAGUUGUGAACCCUCCGCUGGACGUCUCGUUCACAGUCACUCUGGCUGGCUUUCAGCCCAUCUUCACAAUGAGCGCUCAGCAAAAACAACUGCAGGAUGUGACACCGAGUGAAUUCACAAAAUUUAUCCACGAGUUUAAGAAAGAUGAUGGAGCCUUGCAGUGGUUGGAGGGCUACAUGGCAGAUGACCUGAUCAUCGCUGAGCUGAAAGGCAGCUCCAACUCUCUGUGGACCAUCAGCCCACCGAGCAGAACCAACCUGAUAGACAUGUUGGGCUCGGAGGAGGAUUUCCCCAUCACCGUGUCCUGGUCUGUGCAAAGAAACCUCACUCUUGGUGCCAAGGCUGAAACAGCAUCUGGAAAACGAGUGACGUCUCUUGACCAAAAAACAAGGCAGGACCUCAUAACGCUCCUAAACGGGACAGGAAGUAACUCGCAAGUAAUCCUGGCGGAGAUCUUCCCUCGUUAUAUUCGUGCCCCCAGUGAUGCAGAUGCCAAGCCCGCUGAGCCUCUUUAUACAGAUGAAAAGAUGUUCAACAUAACAUUAACCUUGAAGCGAACUCAUAAUGACUCCGGUCAGGUCCAGGAAUGGUGGAUUGUCAACCAGACUGAACUGGGAAAGAUAGAGAAGAGGUCUCAAAAAUACAAGUAUGAAGCAGGCCUGGAGGUCUAUGUGUUCAGCGACCAAGUCAGCCCGCCCAGUUUGGGCUUCCUGGCUGGAUACGGGAUCAUGGGCUUGUACGCCUCGGUGGUCUUGGUCAUCGGCAAGUUUGUGCGCGAGUUCUUCAGCGGCAUUUCCCACACCAUCAUGUUCGAGGAGCUGCCCAACGUGGACCGCAUCCUCAAGCUUUGCACAGACAUCUUCCUGGUGCGAGAGACGGGCGAGCUGGACCUGGAGGAGGACAUGUACGCCAAACUCAUCUUCCUCUACCGAUCGCCAGAGACUAUGAUCAAGUGGACCCGGGAGAAAACUCAGUGAUACUCAAAGGAGGCGAUUUUAGAGCUUUUCGGACAGUAGCAGCUCGUUCAGAGACACUGGGAGGUCGCUCUGUGGAUGUGAGCAGCUACUACAUCCCCUCUACCUGCUGAGGGCGCACAAAGCAGCACUCUUUCCUCUUUGAGCUCUGAUGGCAGUGAUACAGUGUUAGCGCCACACUAAAACACUUUUCCGACUUUCCGAAACUGGUAUUUUUUACUCUUCAGUGGUUAAAAGAACGACAGUCACAGUCAUAUUAUUAACAUUUGAGCACAAAUUUGCUGGUGCUGUAUUUAUCUUGCGAAACCCCGGCUCCGUUUGCCUCCAGUGGAUAAAAUGAGCGGCGGUUGGAGACGGAGCCAUCCAUCUUUCAUCUUUAAAGACAAUUUUAAUAAAACACGUCACGUAUGGUUUAAAAAAGUUCCCAACCAAAGGAUAGAUUUUUAAAAACUCUGCUAACUUCUUCGGCUCUUUAACUGCUCUUCGCUCCACUGUAUCGCUUUUUUCUUUUUUCUUACAAACGCACAGUAGGCGGAGAGAAGCUGAAACAGGCUGCAAACAUUGAUCUAUAAGGGCUUCCCACACGCAGAUAUAAACCACAUGAGCACAAUCUCAUAUUUUCCCCCCAACUGGAACGCUUGGAUUGUGGGACUGUGCAAUAUUGAGCUCUUGUUCCUCCAAGUUUUUUUUGAAGGAUGUGGAUGGAAAAGGCGAAGAGUUCUGACAAAGACACAUGAACAUAAAGACUACCUUCUUCUUCGUCUUCUUUUUUUUGUUUUUGUUUUUAAACGUCAGAGGCCACAUGGGAGACACUUCAGAGAUUAAAAAAAAAAAAAAUGAAGACAAUAUCAUCAGACAAUAUUAACUUGCCUUAUUUUGUUUGUAUGAAGAAAAAAAACUCAAAACCCUUAACAACUACAUAUCUUUCUCAGGAAGAGCUGUUUUCACAGAUAUUCAUUGUAUGAGUUAUAUGUUACAACAUGUAGGCCUUGAUGGAUCUAAAAGAAUGUGAGAAUGUAGAAAGAACUAUUUAAAUGGCAUGAAAUGUAAUGUGGAUAUUGUUCAGAAAUGACGGUGAGAUGUAUAACUAGUAUGUUUACUGCACAAGGAAAACUCCUUUUUUUCCUCCACAGAGAAUGAGAUUAAUUGCCAAUCAUCCACGGAUCUGAAUCAUCAUCUACAGGUUGGCUCGAGUCAAGACCAGCAGAGGGCUGUUUCUGAAUCAGGGUAACGUGCAUUAAGUGGUAGGCUCUUCAGUGCACAUCACUUAUGAAACCUCUCGCUGUUUUUAACAUUCAUACUCUGAACUCCAAACUGCGUGUGUUCAGACAUCAAGGAAGAAAUAAGGAGACACUCAGAAAAGAUUCCUCACACAAAAAAGGGCUGAAACAUGAAGCCCUUUAGUCCAAACUAUGCAUUAGAGGACAUUGUAGCAUGAGAGAAAAAAAAACUUCAUUAUUGCCAUGACUAAAUUUUCAUUACGUGUACAUAUAAGUUUAAGGGGGGGGUAGGGCACGGUGGAAUGAAAUGUGAAAUUGUACCCGUAUGUUAAAGACAAUGUGGUAUGAUAGA